GUCUGGCGACAGGAAGUUCUACCCAUGUUUGCUUUUUCGGUAUCGUGGAAGCGCUGCCGGCUUAACACUUUCUCUCAGUCUUCGCUAGUGCUCGCAUAGGACUUCCAGUUAGUUAGCUUUUGUAUGCACUUUUUCGCCAUAUCUGCCGAUCGAGAAUGGGCCAGAUCAUCUUCAUCUUCAGAAGGGCUUAUAGAGCUUAAGAUUCUGCUGGCGCUACGUGUAGUUUGGUUUCCUGUGUUUCCAUUGUUCGCUGCUCUUGCUGUUUCCCUUUGUUUGUACGAAGCAUACCAAUCAGUUUUUGUAUUGCUAUACAAUUAAAGGAGAGGGUGUGUUAUUUGUAUUACUGUUACCAGAUGCAGACAGUCACAUCUUCAGUAUUCUUCACCAACGGGUUUUAACUUAGUGGUUUUCCUUCGCACUGAUUCGCCUAAUAUUAUUACGAAAUUCUUUUAACUUAAGAAUGUUGUCUUGACUGUGUAACACUGAGGACGCAUGAUUCUUCGGGUCUAAAACUAUAAACAGCACGAGGAUCAAUACAGCGCGUGUGCGUUAUCAACGAAUAUUCUUCCUAUUAUGUUGUGCGCGAUCCCUGGACAAUAUGCCAUUGAAAAACUUAAAGCUUAAUGGUCAUUUAAACUCAGUAAACGGAUCACCGGAUAAGCAGAUAGAAAAAGCUAAGCUCGGGACGAACACAAGCUGCCGGCAUGAUGAUAACCUGCGCGAUCUCUUACCUUCCGAACGCCAGACUCUCAAAGUUCCCAGUUCAAAUGCACUAUCAGAUUUGGAUGGGGAAUCCAAGCCGCCGUAUUCACCGUCACCCGCGUUGACCAUUGCUCCGGAAGGUGGCUACGGUUGGGUGAUUGUCGGCGCGGCGUUCCUGUGCUCCUUCGUGGUGGACGGUGUGGCUAAUUCGUUCGGCAUUUAUCUGAUUGAAUUUAACGAUUUGUUCGUCGAGCCGGAAUCCAUAACAUCAUGGAUUGGGAGUCUAUUAGUUGGGGUUUACUUGUUUAUGGGACCCAUUGCUUGUGGAUUAGCGGACACAUUUGGUUAUCGUAUUGUCAUAGCCUGCGGUGCAGUGACGGCAGCCUGUGGAUUCGGCGCUAGCUUUUUCGUUACCAAUGUCUACGUUCUCUUCCUAACGUUUGGAAUUAUCGGUGGGAUCGGUUUCGGGUUUAUUUAUUCCCCAUCGAUUAUGUGCGUGUGCUCAUACUUUCAAGACCAGAGCGCACUGGCAGUGGGCAUCGCCGUGUGCGGAUCAAGUGUCGGCGGCAUGGUAUUCCCGAAUUUUGUCCAGUUGUUACUGGAUUACUAUGGCUGGCAAGGGUCCAUGUUAUUUUUAGCUGGGACGGCGCUGCAGUGCUGUAUUGCGGCGGCGCUGAUGCGCAAUCCGCAACAUAAGACCCUCCCAGCCUUGCAGAUCACCAAGGCGACUUCCGGUGAGGAUGAUCAAGGUUGCUUGCCGCCGCUGAUCCGGCAGGCGCUGGCCGACAUGAUCAACUUCCACAUCUACCGCGUACCGACGUUUCUCAUCUACAGCUGCGCCAGCUUUAUCGGGUCGAUUGCGUUUCUCACGCCGUCAUUCUUCCUGCCGUCUUUCGCCAUUGAAAAAUUCCCCAUUGAUAAGGACACCGCGGCCACCGUCAUUACGGCCAUUUGUGGCGCCGGCAUAAUCGGCCGCAUAUUCUUCGGCGCACUGGCCGAUCGACCGCGGUUCGAUGCACUGAAAAUCCAUAACCUGUGUAUCUUCGCCAGCGGCGUGACCUUGGCCUUGGUCCCGAUGUGCACCUCAUUCACCGGUCUAUUGAUUAACGGAGUAGUCUAUGGAUUUUUUAUUGCUCCUUACAUUUCGCUCAUGUCGAUCAUUCUCUCGAGCCGGAUGGGUCUGGAGCAGCUUCCGAUCGCGUUCGGACAGACACAACUACUUGCCGGAAUUGCCAGCAUGAUUGGACCACCUUUGCAUGGUACCGUUGAGGGAAAAACGACUUCCAGUGUGCCGUUUUAUUUCGCCGGUGCCGCCUGGAUUCUUGCCUCAUUAGUUGCCAGCCUGAUUUUCUUGCUGCCAAACCGGCUCAAGCGAUGCGAAUUCGCCAGGUCCAAGUCCAGCGUCAAUGGUUCUUCUAGAGCAAUCAGUACCAACGCAGAACCGGUGUGAUGCGCAGUGUUUAAUUUUCUUCCACAGAAAUUCUCUGCAAAGGAACGCGCUCCCCCUGUGCUUUUUGUACAAUUAAAAUUGAAGGGUUGGCCGCGUUUUUAGGUCGCUAGUAGCAAUUUUGCUCAGAUCGCACCGGUAUUCUCGUGGAUGUGGAUGUAUAUUAGCCGCUAAUCCGUGCCUUUUCGCAAUGCAGACUUGAUCUAAUAACUUCCAGAUUUUUUAGCUGUGCUGACUCGGUUGUGAAGUUUUACUGUGUUUCGAUAGAUUUGCCCGUUUAAUGGUUUCUUCCGGAAAUGAAGUUUUCCAGAUUGUUAUUACAAUUUAAUGUUUUAACUGUCAAUGUAUAUGAAAAAAAUGUUGUUCCCUUAUAUCGUUGAGUUUAAGCCAUUCUGAAGAUGCAGUAGACGUGGGCAGUCAAAAUGGUUAAAGUUUAAUUAAAAGCACGUGCUUG